CUUCAGUUAAGUUCCCCGACCAGAAAUUAGUCUUGUUGUGCAUGUUAUCUACAUCUAGUUUUCUUCACCACAAUGAUUAUGAUUUCUUGUAUAUAUCAGGAUAUUGCAGGAUUUAUAAGGAGGGAACGAAAGGAGAAGAAAUUAUCGGGCGCAGUCUGAAUCUACCCGCAACAAACUUCCCGCUAGGAGUUUGGGAUUUGCCAGAAAUCAGGUGUUAUUGCAGUUUAGAGUUCAGACCUCCUUCAUUAACAAGAACGAAUCAACCCUUGAAAUAACCUGCUACAUCUCCACUUUUCAUCAGCACGACGAUCUCUUUCAUGGGAAACUCUCCUUCCUCUAGCAAGAAGAAGGGUUCCGGUGGAAAACAAAGCACGACGAUCUCUUUCAUGGGGAACACUCCUUCCUCUAGCAAGAAGAAGGGUUCCGAUGGAAAACAAAAGGGUAAGAGCAUGAGGAAGCGGAUGAUGAUUCGUGGCCAUGAGCACCAACUAAUUUAUCACGACCAGAAAAAAAGUGGCAGCGUGUACCAGUGCAAUGGGUGCCAACAACCAGGGUUUGGUCCCUAUUACUUGUGCAAGGAGGGCUGCAAUCUCCAUUAUCACCCGUGCUGCAGCGAACUUUUAAGUUCGGAGUCCUCUGAGUCCUCCUCAGCCACUGUUGUUGGCAACCACCAUCCCUAUCCGACUGGGGAUCUCGUGUUAAAGGAGAGGGCGCCACGCAAAGCGCGGUGCUGCGUCACGUGUGGAGAGGAAGUCCGGAUGCUCAGGUACAAAUGGCGGCACAAGAAGGCACAUGGCUCGCGCAAUCCUUACUGGCGCCUCUACCACCACCUAAAUUACCGUGCCUUCCACCCGCUCUGCGCGUCACUCCCUGCGCAGAUCGAAGAGACUGGCGAACAUAAGAUCGUGCUGCAGCUCAUGGAAGGGGUCGAAGGUGAGUGCCUCAUAUGCAAGGGCAAUGCCAAGGGAUGGGCUUACAACUGUACCAGCGAGAACUACAGUUGCCACGUUAGGUGUAUGAAGAAGAAGAUUAUAGAGCGUCAGCAGCAGAAGGAAGCUUCACGAGAGAGCAAAGUGACUAUCUACGUGAAAAAAGCGUUGCGGCCGAUUCUGGAAAUAGUAAAAGUGGCUCUUAAGCUCAUCAUCGGAGCCCUCUUCGGGUCCCAAUCAGAAGACCUGGCAGAUGUCCUUGGAGAGCUUUUCGUAGUCAUCUGUGAUCGUGUCGCCAGUGAAAUUGUUACUAUGAACACCUAGAAGGGGGUAUGGAGAGCUUUUCAUAGUCAUCUGUGAUCGCGUCGCCAGUGAAAUUGCUACUAUGAACAUCUAAAAGGGGGUGAAUACGUGUUUAAAAGAAGUUUUGACAAAUAAAUACUGAAUAAAAUAA